CGGCCAGGGGAGACUCUGGCCCGGUGUCAAUUUCAGGCUGAGCUGGGGGUGUGUGAAAUUGACGAGAUUAGGGGCCGGGCUGGCGAGGGGGGGGACCUUUCCUGUACCGCCCCCCCCCCUCCAGCCCCACAACUCCCAAUGCAUCCAAGCCUCCUGCUUGUGCAAAAGGGAAAGUGGUUUUUCCUCCUUCCCUCUGCGGUGCCUGCAGCGGCUUCCCGGCAGCUGCCCGCUCCAGGGGCCCUGCUUCCCCCCCCCCCGGCCGGAGAUUGGGGGCCCGGCUGCCUGGCCAGGAUGUACCCCCCAAGGGGGAGGCUUUCCUGUGACUUGGGGGAGGGGAGCUGAUUUGCUCCGUUUCCCUCCCCCCUCUGCCCUGCGAGGACUCCGGGAGUAGCCUUCCCAGCACGCCAGAGUGAGUCUACACGGGCUGCUUGCAAAAUCGCCUCAAUCCGGACUGGUUGGGGGUCAGAAAGGGGACCAACCAGAAGAGUUCCUGUUCCCCCGGAGCUGGAGGUUUGUUCCAGCCUCGGGGUUUCCUGGAGGAAGUUGGAGCAGGGAGUGAAUUUGGCGCAGCCUUAAAAUAUGAUCCCGCGGGAGGGACCCCGGUGACCAGGAGGACUCAGCAGGGAGCGGGGGGAGGAGAAUCCGGCCUGGGCAGCGCGAUGGUCCCGCUGUGCUGGCCCUGCCUGCACUGCUGCCCGUACCCCCCGGCGGCCAUGAGCGGGCCCCCCGCCCCCUCCUACCACUACCGCAGCUUCUGCGGGGACUUCGAGCGGGUGGAGACGGCGCUGGAGCGGCUGGAGGCCAGCGGCUUCUACUGGGGCAGCCUGUCGGGGGCGGAGGCCAAGCGGCUGCUGAGCCCCCACCCGCCGGGGGCUUUCCUCGUCCGUGACUCCUCCGACCACCGGCACCUCUUCACCCUCAGCCUCCGCACCGGGGCCGGCAUCACCAACCUGCGCAUCCAGCAGCAGGGAGCCGCCUUCCACCUGGAGACCCAGCCGGGGGCCCCCUGCCCGCCCGCCUUCGCCUGCGUGGUGCAGCUGGUGGAGCACUACCUGGGGCGGGCCGGGCACCCGGGGGGCCCCUGCUACCUGGAGGCCCAGGGGAGCCGCCCCGAGCCCCUGGCGCUCGCCCGCCCGCUGCGCUGCAAGGUGGCCUCGCUGCAGGAGCUGUGCCGGCGGGCCGUGCGGGCCAGCGUCCGGGCGGGGACCGAGGGGCCCGAUCUGGAGGGGCUGCCCGUGCCCCGGGCCCUACGCAACUCCCUGCGCUGCUAGGGGGCCCUGCCCCAGGCCCUACAGAACUGUCUGCGCAGAGGGAGGGGAGAGGAGCAAGGGGGGGGGCCCACUUCCGCUCAGGAUCCCCCCAAUGCUCGUGGGAGGCAGUGGGGUGUAGAGGGAGCCCCCCCGGUAACUUAGGCCUUCUCAGCACACCUGGGGGAGGGGAGGAAACGGCAGAGUGGGACCCCCUCUAGGACACCCCAGGGUUUUCCCGCACAGUGGGAGGAAGAUCGGGGAAGGGGUCUUUACCCCCUGCCCUAUGGAAAACCCAGCACCGCAGGGCGGGGAGAGACGGGGGAGGGGAGCAGAUUGGCCCCAGCCCCAUGGCAGCUCCAGAGUGUGGGGGAGAUGGGACUGGAGGGGGCUCUUCAGGCCAGGGUAAGAACCGGGAGGGAGACACAGGAAUUGGUUGGGGCUGGAAGCCAGGACUCCUGGGUUCCCUCUCCAGCUCUGGGGAGUGGGAUCUAGUGAGGGGGUUGAAAGCCAGGACUCCUGGGUUCUCUCCGCAGCUCUGGGAAGGGCAUUGGGUCUAGAUCCCAACUAUUCCCAGGGGAGCCAGAUUGGACCGCGGCCGCUUGCCGGGGCUCCCACCUCAUCCCCUGGAGGGCGCCACACCAACCGCAUGGACCUCAUCUCCCGCCAGAAGCACUCGUGGCCGUUACCAGCAGCCGGGCUGCAUGUGGCGGGGGGGUGGGUCUUGUACCGCUGCAUCGGGAUGGAAUAAACCUGUCUGCU